AGUUUUUGCACUGCAAGUGUAAUCCGUAGAAAAAGACGAAAAAGUAACUAGCUAGCGAAAUUCACAAACGAAGAUGGCGGUGCAAGAGACAGCUGCACAACUCUCCAUGGCUCUGAAGGUUCAAGAGUAUCCCACUUUGAAGGUACCAUAUGAAACUCUGAAUAAGCGCUUCAGAGCUGCACAGAAGAACAUUGACCGGGAGACGAGUCACGUUACCAUGGUGGUGGCAGAGCUGGAAAAGACCCUCAGCAGUUUCCCUGUGGUGGACUCUGUGGUGUCUCUUCUGGAUGGGGUGGUGGAGAAACUCAGUGCCCUUAAGAGGAAGGCUGCUGAGUCCAUCCAGGCGGAGGAUGAGAGUGCUAAAUUGUGCAAGCGGAGGAUUGAACACCUGAAGGAACACAGCAGCGACCAGCCAGCAGGUGUCAACGUCUGGAAGAAAAAGCGAAUGGACCGCAUGAUGGUAGAGCAUUUGCUGCGGUGUGGCUACUACAACACAGCGGUCAAAUUGGCACAGCAAAGUGGCAUUGAGGAUCUAGUCAACAUUGAGAUGUUCCUCACUGCCAAAGAAGUGGAAGAAUCACUAGAGCGCCAGGAAACGGCAACCUGUUUGGCCUGGUGUCAUGACAACAAGUCCCGCCUCCGCAAGAUGAAGAGCUGCUUGGAGUUUAGCCUGCGAAUCCAGGAGUUUAUCGAGCUCAUUCGACAGAACAAGCGCAUGGAUGCCGUCAGACAUGCGCGGAAGCACUUCAGUCAAGCAGAGGGGGGUCAGCUGGAUGAGGUGCGGCAAGUGAUGGGCAUGCUGGCGUUCCCUUCAGACACGCACAUCUCCCCUUAUAAGGAUCUCCUGGACCCAGCCCGCUGGAAAAUGCUGAUCCAACAGUUUAGGUACGACAACUACAGAUUACAUCAGCUGGGCAACAACUCUGUGUUUACCAUCACACUGCAGGCCGGCCUCUCUGCUAUCAAAACUCCUCAGUGCUAUAAGGAGGAUGGCACCUCCAAAAACCCUGACUGCCCAGUGUGCAGCAAGUCCCUGAACAAACUGGCCCAGCCGCUGCCAAUGGCUCACUGCGCCAACUCCCGUCUGGUGUGCAAAAUCUCUGGAGAGGUGAUGAAUGAGAACAACCCACCAAUGAUGCUGCCCAAUGGCUAUGUGUAUGGAUACAAUUCUCUUUUAUCCAUUCGCCAAGAUGACAAGGUGAUCUGUCCCAGAACCAAAGAAGUCUUCAACUUCUCCCAGGCUGAGAAAGUGUACAUCAUGUGAUUGGCUGGAUACUGGAUCUUAUUUGGUUGCACCAUCUCUGCUAUGACCACCUUGUCCAGUACGAAUGCUGUGGAUCUCCCAGAAGAGCCUCCAGCCCCUAUGGCAAUGCUCCACCACACCCAUGUGACUGCGCCCAACUCGCCCCACGCCCACCUAUAGACGUUCCCUUUUCAGUCGGUCAUGGGUGACUCCUACAAUGGGGAAUAGGCCCGAAUUACCUUUGACAGAUUUGUGAAACUGGACUAAUUUAAUGAACGUGUUUUUAAACUGUUGAUGUUUUGACUUUUAUUUUACCAUGAGUCCAACUAGAAGUGUGGUGCGUUGUUUGAGCAAUAAGGCACGAUGAGGUGGUACAUAAGAUGUAAUCAGCAAGGGCCUACGCAUUUCCUGGAACAGAAUGCACGACAUGGAAGAUGUUCCACAAAGUUUUAGCCAAGGGUAACUAACCUACUUGUAAGAUUGGAUUAUUUUACUGAGAACACUCAAAGUUGUUUCACCUAAGCUGUUGUUUUCAGUGCACUUGUGCUGCUACCGUAUGGGUUACAAUCCGGCUCAAGGUUUUUGCAGCAAUGCUGAUGCUAUGUUACAAAAAGCCUAAUCAACUCUGGGCAUCAUGCAAUCGCAGUAAAAUAAUGUAACUCGGUUGAAGGUUAGUUUCCGAACACAAACUGUUUUCCAGAGAACACAUGAUGGUUGAUUUUCCCUUAUGUAUUACUCGUGCCUUUUACCUAAGUUAACAUCCUCACAUCAGAUGUACUAGCUGAUUACACACUGUCUGCUACCUGACGGCACUAAUUUGAUGAUGCACAAUUUGUUUGUAGCUCUGUGUGGGUGGGGGAAGGGUAGGGUAGAAAUAAUUUUAAAUCAGUAUCUUGUUAGUCCUGCCUGUAAAAAGUGGUCAUUACAGAUCUAGGAUGAUACAAUCAAUGUUGUAAAUACUAGAGAAAUUAACUUAGAACUCCCCCUAUGAUCAGGCUCCCUGAUGUUGUUUGUAGUAUAUGGCAACCGUGUACACAUACCUGCAGUAUACUCAAAUAUACUACACUUUUGAGUAUUGGUGUAUGCGUCUUGCAAGGUAACAUGCCCGGUCUUCUGAAGAGGACCUUGAAAGAUGGUAAAGCUUACAAAAGACUACCUUUUCCAGUGUUUUUUAUUAACCAGUGGUCUUCCUAGUUUGUGUGUGAAGAUUGGCAAUGCAUUUUUUUUUCACCUGCAGAAGGAUGGGUACUGUACUUUUGAUAUUUAUUUAGUAAUACAACUAUGAUUGAUGAAGUCGAUCCAAAAUACUCAUUGAUUCAAUCUUAAUUUCAUACAUUUUUCAAUGAUAAGCAUUGUGCAUUGUAAUAUGACAAUAAUUGUGAUAUUUUUUUGCUCUUCAUUUUGUAUUAUCUAUUACAAUUUUAAGACAUUUUGUAUGAAUAACACAAGUUGCUGCAGAUUUCACAAGGGGCUAUAGUUGGUCCAAGAUGGUCCUUGAGAUGACCAUGGGUAAACUUACCUUAUGUUUCAGUAUCUACCAUCUCUCUCUUUUCCUCAUCUUGGCUGGUUGCUUCUGAACUGUAUUGUUAGUAUUGUUAUUGUAGAGAGACUGUUUAGAAACUGAGCAUGUGUGUUUAUAUUGGUAGGAUAGAUUGUUCAUAAACAAUUGUUGAUAAAAAGAUUUAACAAAACUUC